AUGAAAGCUAUUGCUAUUCUCUUCAUCGUCUUAGCUUUGACUUCUGCUAGAAACUAUCCUAUGUUCAAGCAAUGCGACAGUCAAUGGGGUAACAUCAUUAUCGGAUCUGGCCCUGAUACUAUUUGCAAAGUUGGUUGCUUGCUUUCCAGUGUCUCUAUGGCUCUUAACUCAUACGGUAAGACUGUUGAUGGUUAAUCUGCCAACCCUAAAACUGUUAAUGCUUGGUUAAAGGCCCAUGGUGGUUUCUCAGGUGAAUUAUUCGUCUGGGGUUCUAUCUCUUCUUUAGGUUUCUCCUACGUUGGUAAGGUCAAUGCUGCCACAGCUGCUUCUAACUUAGAUUAAGGAAAGGUUGUCAUCUUGAACGUUAGAAACGGUGGUCACUGGGUUUUGGCUACCAGCAGAAAUGGUUCAACUUUCAAUGUUAAUGACCCUGGUUUCAAUGUUUCUACUUACACUUAAUCAGAAGUUACCCAAGCUGCCAUUUUCUCAGUUAAGGCUGGAUUCCUCUAACAAGCCUAUGAAGCUUUCGAAUCUCUUGCCAACUUCGUUAGUCAAGACGAUUGA